GAUCAUGGUGUUGAAUUUGCUCAACCUUUACACCCUGAUUUUCGCGUUGUUCGGGAAAAUUGGCGCCAUGACUCACGAGCUGGAGCUGCUGCGCGGCAACCUGAGCACGACGGCGGCGCCCUCCACCACCCUGGCGCCCGACCCCUCGCGCGCCGCCGCCCCCGCCUCCUCCGUCGGCCCCGCCUCCAGCGCCUCCACGCCGGGCGAGCUCUGCGAGAGGGA